AUGGUUCACACUCAUAAGUUGAGCCCGAGAAAGAGUCUGAAGGUGGUAAAGAGAAUUGGUCUAGGCCUUAUUGCCCUUGUGGCGCUUUUGGUGAUCUUUAAGGCGUUCCUGAACAAGGAGGAGCCAGACGUGUUCAAGGAUAUCAAAGACACUUAUGAGAAGUAUCUGGUUACUAAAGAUGGAGUUAAAUUGGAGGAAGCAGUAGUUGACGGUCAAGCUGUUGAUAUUAGCUCGGAUACACAAAAGGAUGGUGAAGUAGAAAAAGAAGGUGAAGUUGAAGAACUCACUAAGGAGUAUCCCUUGGAUGAAGAAGGAGAACCAGACAUUUAUAAACUGAAUGUUGAAUUCUAUGAUCUUAAUAAAUAUACUGGACUGUCUGAAGGGGAUAAAGAAGGAGAUUAUAUUCUUUUCUUGAUGCCUUUGAGAAAUGCAGAACAUGUAUUACCAAUGGCCUUUUUCAACAUCAUGAACUUGACUUACGAUCAUUCAUUGAUUGAUAUUGCAUUCUUAGUGUCUGAUUGUUCUCCUGAAGAUACAACUUUGGAAACAGUCUUUUCAUAUUCUAUGCUUUUACAAAAUGGAACUUUGGCUGCUAAAUUACAAGCUGAUGAAGAGGAGAAACGAAAUGCUAACGUCCAAGGAUCAUCGGAAUUAUACAAGUUGUAUAUGCCUCAAGAUUAUAUGGAAAAUGUUGAAAAAUCAUAUCUGCAUCCUGAAAAGCAACAUCCUGGGUUCCAAAAACCUUUUAGAUCAGUUACUAUUUUCAGAAAAGAUUUUGGUCAAGUUAUUGGUCAAGGUUUCUCCGAUAGACACGCGGUCAAAGUCCAAGGGAUCCGUCGGAAAUUGAUGGGUAGAGCAAGAAAUUGGUUAACUGCGAGUGCUUUAAAACCUUAUCAUUCGUGGAUUUAUUGGAGAGAUGUAGAUAUUGAAACUGCUCCUGGUUCUGUGAUUCAAGAUUUAAUGAAACAUAACUUUGAUGUUAUGGUCCCCAACGUUUGGAGACCUUUACCUACCUUUUUAGGUAACGAACAAGCUUACGAUUUGAACACUUGGAUUGAAAGUGAUCCUGCUAUAGAAUUGGCCAAGAAAUUGGAUGAAGAUGAUGUUAUUGUGGAAGGUUAUGCUGAAUACCCGACUUGGAGAGUUCAUUUGGCCUAUAUAAGAAAACCUAAAGGUGAUCCUAAUGAAGUAGUAGAAAUGGAUGGUGUUGGAGGAGUUUCCAUCUUGGCUAGAGCCAAGAUAUUCCGUCAAGGUGUUCAUUUCCCUGCUUUCACCUUUUUAAAUCAUGCUGAAACCGAAGCCUUUGGGAAAAUGGCUAAAGUCAUGAAGUUUAGUGUGGGUGGAUUACCUCAUUAUACUAUCUGGCAUAUUUAUGAACCCAGUGAAGAUGACUUGAAGAAGAUUGCUCAAAUGGAAAGAAAGAAGAGAAGAAAGGGUCAUUGA